AUGCUGCCGUACCUGUUCCCUGACCUCGCUGCCUUUGCCACAGUCGCUGACCUCAUUACGCACCUUCGCACUAGUGAUACCCGCUACCGCGCUGCGCUUCCUGCUGAGUUCUGCGCCAAGAACCCCCCCCCCAUGUACAUCACCCUCUACUACCUAGUCACCCGGCUCCCUGACACCCUUCGCUCGGUCAGGGACCACUUCCUCUCCCUUUGCCCCACCACCCUCACCGUUGACCUCCUCGAGGAGCGCCUCCUCGUAGCGGAAACGAGUAUUACCGCUGUGGGUGCUUCUCGUGGCGACCCCCGCACCCCUUUCUUUGAGGGGUGCUCCCCUGUUCCCCUUUUGCCCUCUGUUGCCUCUGCUGCUGCUGUCGACCUCGUUGGCACUGAGUCGGUCGCCGCUGCGUCUGCUCCUAGUGGGAGGCGCCGCACCAGCAAGGGCAAGGGGGGCAAGGGUUCGGGAGGGGCGGGCGGGGGCGGUGGUGGUGGCGGUGGGGGCGGCGGGGGAGGUGGGGGUGGGAGUGGUGGGGGGCGUGGGGGCGGCGGUGGUGGCAGUGGAGGUGGAGGCGACGGUGGCGGCGGUGCGGGUGGAGGAGGCGGAGGCGGCAGUGGAGGUGGAGGCGGGGGCGGCGGAGGCGGCGGGGGUGGAGCUGGUCGGGGUGGUGGUCUGGAGUAG